AAAGUGAGCAUGAUAUUGUUUGCAUAUUUUCUAAGAAAAUUUUGUUCUAAUUCCAAUUAUAAUAAUUUCUUUAUAAAUAAACUAUUCGACAGAAAAUUGAAAAAUGUCAAAUAAUCUGCCAUCACAUGGUGGCACGAUAAAUUCAAUUGAUUCUUCAUCAUCCAAAAAUUCAUUACAUAAUCAUAUGAGAAAUAUAACGGGUUCGACGACAUCUAAUAUGCCUGGUAAUUUACAUAAUCCUACAUCUAAUCAUCAACAACCACCACAAUCAUCAUCAUCAUCAUCAUCAUUAGCCAGCUCAAGUAAUAUUAAUGGUCCAUUACCGGAUAAUGAAUAUGAAUUUCCAUAUUGUGAAGAUGUUAAUAAAUAUACAAAAAUGAACAAAAUUGGACAAGGAACGUUUGGCGAAGUAUUCAAAGCUAAACACAGUAAAACAAGAAAAUUAGUUGCAUUGAAAAAAGUCCUUAUGGAAAAUGAAAAAGAAGGUUUCCCAAUAACAGCCUUACGUGAAAUAAAAAUUCUGCAAUUACUAAAACAUGAAAAUGUCGUGAAUUUAAUUGAAAUCUGCCGCACAUCUUCAACUGAUUCGAAUUAUAAGGCAACAUUUUAUCUGGUUUUUGAUUUCUGUGAACAUGAUCUUGCCGGUCUUUUAUCCAACAUUUCAGUCACAUUUAAUCUGGGAGAGAUAAAAAAAAUUAUGCAACAAUUACUGAAUGGUCUAUUCUUUAUCCACAAACAAAAAAUUCUACAUCGUGAUAUGAAAGCGGCCAAUAUUUUAAUCACUAAAAAUGGUGUACUUAAAUUGGCUGAUUUUGGCCUAGCAAGAGCCAUAUCUGAUAUCCGUAGUGAUCGAUAUACGAAUAGAGUUGUCACCUUAUGGUACAGGCCACCAGAACUGUUAUUAGGUGCAAGAAAUUAUGGUCCACCAAUCGAUUUAUGGGGUGCAGGUUGUAUAAUGGCCGAAAUGUGGACUCGUAUUCCCAUUCUACAAGGAAAUACCGAAUUAGCUCAAUUACAAAUGAUCACUCAAUUAUGUGGAUCAAUAACACCUGAAGUAUGGCCUGGUGUUGAAAAACUUGAACUUUUUAAUAAGAUGGAUUUAGGUAAAAAUCAACGCCGAAGAGUGAAAGAAAAAUUGAAACCUUUUAUCAAAUGUGAUUGUGCAUUGGAUUUACUGGAUAAAUUAUUGAUUUUGGAUCCAACUAAACGACUUGAUUCGGAUAGUGCACUUAAUCAUGAUUUUUUCUGGACCGAUCCAAUGCCACAAGAUCUUGGCAAAUUAUUAUCCAAAUAUACAAGUUCAAUGUUUGAAUUUACAACACCACGUCGUCGUGCAGCACCACAAGCACAGCAAGGUGGUGGUCCAUCAGCACCGGGUCCACAUGUAUAUCAUCCAGGUCAUCAUCCGGGUGGUCAUCAACGUGGUCCACCUGGCCGUAUGGGAGCACAGAAUUCCGGUGGCCAAUAUAUUGACCGUGUAUUUUAGCCCAAAAGAGAGAUACAUAGCAAAUUUUUUUUUUAUUGUAAAAAACAUGUCCAUAACUAAAGCUAAUUAUUAUUAUGAUCAUUUUUAUUGAAAAUAAAAUUAAAUACCAUUUGAUA